AUGAGUGUGAUUCAAACCCUACAGAUUCCUGUCAAAAUCCCUCUGACUGAAGCUGAACUCAGUCAAACUGUGAAUCUGACAUGUAAUGUACGUGGGUUUGACAAUGGAUUGUUUUUUUGGUAUAAGAUAAGUUACGGACAUAUGUUCCAAACAGUUGCUGGAGGCAGAUUUGAUGACGUGGUUCUGGAUCAGAACUUUCCAAACUCAAGUUUCCAAAUUAAAAAAGUUGAAGACAUAUAUUUUCUCAUCAUCAAAAAUGUCAGCAAAGAGGAUGAAGGAACAUAUCUUUGUCAGACAGGAUCAGCAUACAAAAUGACAUUUGUUAAUGGCACAAAUUUGGUCGUGAAGGAUUCUCAAAAUAAGAAGUAUUUCUAUGUGAAUCAAACUUCAGUCGUGAAGUCAGUUUUGCCUGGAACUGAAGUGACUCUGCAUUGUUCACUUCUAUCAGAUAAAAAAGAAAAAGAAAGCACAGACCAGUGUGCAGCUGAACAUGAUGUGUUCUGGUUCAGAGCAGAGUCAGAAUCGAAUCCAGGAUUCAUCUAUACUGAUAACAACUGCAGAAAACAAGCAGGAACCAGCUGUGAAUACCGUCUGCCUAUACAAAAGUCCUCUGAUAUUGGGACUUACUACUGUGCUGUGGCUUCUUGUGGAGAGAUUAUGUUUGGAAAAGGAACCAAAAUGGAGACAAAAGAAUUGUUCCUGUAUGCUAUUGUACUGCUUGGGGGACUUUUGGCUUGUUCUGUACUUGUGAACAUCACUUUGAUUUUCCAAAGAAGAAAGCCAAAACAACAGUGUGAAAAUCUCAAAGAUACAACAGUCACAAGUCUUACUGACCUGGAUGAGGAUCAACCAUGCAAUGAGGAGGAUGGUGAAGAGGAUGGGUCGAACUAUGUGGCACUGAAUUUCUCUUCCCGAAAGCCGACAAGAUGGAAGAGUAAGAGGGAGACAUCGGACAACUGCACAUAUUCAAACAUUAAACUGUCCAUGAAAGGCAGCAUCCAUCAAAGGGGCAGUGUAAAAUGAACAUAUGUACAAAAACAUUUGACUUUUCUGUAUUUACAUUAUUUGGAAAUAUUCAUUUUGAGGGCAAAUCAAAGAUGUAUUACAAUAAUACACCAUAGCAUAGAAAGCUUUUUCCAGGCUUUUAAAAUGUACAUGUUAAUAUGUUGUUAUAUGUUUUAACAUAUUUGUUUUAAGCUUGCUUGACAAGA